CACGAAUCACUUUGACACCCAUGCAUGCAAAGCGAGCCUGGGGUUGUUUGUAAAUCGACCGAACCUCCUGGGAAACUAACAAGCAAAAAAGAUUAACAUGGCCGAAAAAUUUGUCUCAGAUGAUAUGGCCGCCCCGGUCAAGGAGGCGUCUGUCAUGGACGCUGAUGAGCUGCGACUGGCUCAGAUGGGUCAUACCCAAGAGCUCAAGCGUCAUUUCAACAUCUUGUCUCUGAUUGGCCUUGCUUCGACAACAACAAUCUCAUGGACUGGCCUCGGACUGAGUAUUGUCACGGAAAUAAAUGCUGGUGGACCGAGUGCCAUCAUAUAUGGCUUCAUUCUUGUCACGAUCCUCCAGUCUUUCUUAGGCGCCUCCCUCGCCGAGUUUGUGUCCAGCUACCCAACCGAAGGAGGCAUGUACCACUGGAUUGCUGCCGUUGCUCCUAGGAGGUCGAGUGCAUUCUUGAGUUUCAUUACCGGUUGGCUGACAGUCUGCGGCUGGAUCUUCACCACAGCCUCAACCAAUCUAAUUUUUGCCCAAGUUGUCCAAGCGCUGUAUGCUCUCUAUCACCCGGACCUGGUGAUCAAGAACUGGCAGACUUUCAUCAUAUAUCAGAUUCUCAACCUGAUGACAGCUGCGGUGGUUUUGUUUGGCAACAAGAUUAUUCCAGCAUUAAAUAGAUUCUCCCUAUUCUACCUCCAAAUCGGCUGGCUCGUCGUUCUCGUCACGGUAGUUGCGUGCGCCCCGACACAUCAAACCAAUGAAUUCGUUUUCAGAAACUGGAUCAACAACACUGGCUGGGAGAAUAACGUCAUCUGUUUCAUCACUGGUCUUGUCAAUCCCUUGUACAGUCUGGGGGGCCUUGACGGAGUUACCCAUAUCACUGAAGAGAUGCCUAAUCCCUCCCGAAAUGCGCCCCUCGCCAUUGCCAUCACCCUGACCAUCGCAUUUGGAACAGGUGUGACGUAUCUCAUCACGCUGAUGUUCAGUGUUCAAGACUACGCGGCUCUGUCGACUACAAACACCGGUCUGCCCCUUGCCGAGCUCUUUCACCAGGUCACUCAGUCGGCCGGCGGUGCUUUCGGCCUGACAUUCAUUCUAUUCAUCGCUCUCGGGCCUUGCGUCAUCUCGUCCCAAUUGUCGACUUCGCGAGUUCUUUGGGCCUUUGCUCGUGACGGUGCCAUGCCAUUCUCCGAUAUUUGGGCCCGUGUCAGCAAGCGUUUUGGCAUCCCAUUCAACGCACAACUAUUAGUCGCCGCCGCGAAUGCAGCGUUGGGUUGUAUCUACCUCGGCAGUAGCACGGCAUUCAAUAGCAUGCUUGGUGCAGCCGUCACGAUCAACAAUGUUGCAUACUUGAUCCCCAUAGCUACGAAUAUGCUUACUGGUAGGGCUAAUAUGCACAAGGGUGUUUUCCACAUGGGCAAAUGGGGCUGGCUUGUGAACGGCGUGACUGUGGCUUGGCUUCUCUUUGCUAUCAUCUUCUUUAGUUUCCCGUACAGCAUGCCCGUCACAGUGCAGAAUAUGAACUACACAUGUGUUGUGGUUGGAGGGCUACCCAUUCUCAUAUUGAUAUGGUGGUUUGUGGGUAGCAAGAAGUAUAAGGACAAGAUAGCCCGGGCAAAGGAGGAUUAAAAUGCUUCUAGCUGUAGCAAAUGGCCAAAUUAUGCCUUAAAAUGG